GCAUCUCUUAGCCAGGCUGCUCCGGGUAAGCUUUAGCCUUUUACCAACCAGUGUGCUUGAGAGUGCUUUGAUUCUGCGUUGAGUAGAAAUAAGGAGCUUGCAAUAACAAACAUAAGGAAUUAAUUGGAAGAAUUUAAAACAAGAAGAGUGGAUGGGCCAAUAUGUGGAAUAAACCAUUAUAAUACUAGACUUUCCCGCUGAAUGCACUAUGUUCUCGGUGGUUAGUAUUUGCCCAACAUCACAGGUGGUAAAUACUCAUGUGUACAACUGUACCCCCACACACAGCAACUGUUCAGGAAAUGCUCCGCGUGAAACAUGGCAAAUUAUUGAACAGUUUCUUCUCUUCAGCGUUCUCACCACGAUCAUUCUCGGGACCUUCCUGGGCAACCUCUUGGUAAUUGUUUCAAUCUCUUACUUUACCAAACUGCAGACUCCAACUAACGCCUUCCUACUGUCACUGGCCAUUGCGGAUUUUCUCGUGGGGAUUAUUGUGAUGCCUUUCAGCAUGAUCAAGAUCCUAUUUGGAUGGCACUUCGGGAAGACUUUUUGUAAAAUCCACACGGUGAUGGAUGUGAUGCUUUGCACAUCAUCCAUCCUGAACCUCAGCUGCAUUGCCUUCGAUCGAUAUUAUGCAGUGUGCUACCCUCUGAAGUAUCGCUUCAGGAUGUCUCGGAAGAGAGUGACAGCCCUCCUCCUCGUCUGUUGGGUUCUACCCGGUUUGGUGUCAUUUGUGCCCUUGCUACUGGACCUGCAUUUGCAGGGAUUGGAAACAAUUCUUUCACAACUCGAUCCACAAGAUUGUGUGUUCAUCGUCAAUAUCCCCUACGCUGUCUUUGCCUCAGUCGUCUCCUUCUAUGUUCCCAUGUUGGUGAUGUUAGCUGCAUAUGGAAAAAUUUUUCAUGUUGCCAGGAUCCAAGCCAGACGGAUAUAUACUACUGAAAAUGGAUCCCAGGAAACGGGCGCUACCAGAUUUCGCUACAGUACUUCCAUGAAGAAAGAAAGGAAAGCUGCUAAAACUCUUGGUAUCAUUAUUGGCUGCUUUCUCCUCUGCUGGUUACCCUUUUUCUCUACAAACAUUGCCCACCCUUUACUUGGAUAUCAGGCGCACCAUAUUCUUCUUGAAGUUUUUUUGUGGCUCGGUUAUGUUAAUUCUACCCUUAACCCUCUGUUAUAUGCUUUCUUUAAUAAAUCUUUCCGGCGAGCUUUCGGUUUGAUAAUUGGUUGUAAGGUAUUCACCAACGAUUACCAAAAUAACAAUUUGUCAAGCGCUGUCAGACCUAAUACAUAACUUGCUACACUUUCACAUUAAGUUGCAUGGAUUCGUCAUAACUAAAACGGUGGGGUAGAACUAGGUGGAAAGCAAGAUGACUGUGUUAUUGUCAGCCUUUUAAUAUUGUGCAAUAAACCCUUCCAAUAAUGAAAAAUGCAUUUAUUUUAAUUAAUAAAGAUCUCUGUACAGUUUAACUUUUGGGGGGGGGGGCAAUGUAAGUGAAUUGAAAUAUAAGCUAAUGGCUGGGUGAAGUAUUUGGGGAAAAUUGUCCAUGGCCUUUCAGUGGUGUGGUUUGCUUUGUCUUUAUAUAUAAGUAACAGCCAAAUCAAAGGGGUUGUCUUUCAGAUUGUGAUUAUGGUCAGUUAGAAGCAAAGUGAGAAAGGUUGUUGUUGUUUUGUUACUUCUGUUUGUUGCCAAAUGACUUGUAUUUAAUGUAGUACUUCAUCUUGUCUGCUUAAAAGCUUGCUUUUAAA